AUCAAUUACUGCGGUCACACUAUUUCCGAGCAUCCAAAAUCCAAAAAUGUCGUGCGCAAAGCCGCAUAUUUUGAUUAUUGAGCCGUUUUACGGUGGCAGUCACAAACAGCUGAUUAGCGCACUGAUCGAGGGUCUCAGACAUGGAGAUUACGAGAUAUUCAGUCUGCCCGCCAUGAAAUGGCAUUGGCGAGCACGCACCUCUGCCCUCCACUUUUCCCAGCUGAUUCCCCGUGAUCACGAUUUCCGGGUGCUCUUCGCCAGCUCCGUGCUCAGCCUGGCCGAGCUGAUUGGCCUCCGUCCGGAUCUAGCCGUGUGCCGGAAGAUCGUCUACUUCCACGAGAACCAGCUGAUCUACCCGGUGCGCGAGGUGAAGCAGCGCGAUUGUCAGUACGGUUUCAACGAGAUACUCACCUGUUUGGCCGCAGACAUAGUGCUCUUCAAUUCGCAGUUCAAUUGCAGCUCUUUCUUGGAUAAUGUUCAGCCCUUUCUAAAUAUCCAGCCUGACUUUAAAAUCAAGCAUAUGCGCGAGAAAAUUGAGAAGAAAUGCCAAGUGCUGUACUUUCCCGUCAAUUUUGAUCGAUUUCCCAAUCGGAGGAAGUCCGUAAUGGGUGAUACUGAUGAGGAUUUGGAUGAGAAGUGCAUUCAUCUUAUUUGGCCACAUCGCUGGGAGCACGAUAAGAAUCCAAAACUGCUGGUGGACACGCUUUGUGAGCUCCAUGAACGUCAAGUGGACUUCAAGGUUACUAUUUGUGGCGAAAGUUACCAGGAGGUACCGGAGGAAUUCGAUCAAAUUCAGGAGAAACUGGGCAGCAAGCUGGUGAGCUUUGGCCAUCUGGAACGUGAGGAGUAUUUGAAGACCCUUCUCACCGGUGACAUCGUGAUUUCAACGGCCGACCAUGAAUUCUUUGGAGUAGCCAUGCUGGAGGCCACUUUCUGUGGCUGUUACCCCAUUGCGCCCAAUAAAUUGGUUUACCCGGAAAUCUACCCAAAGGAAAACCUCUACAACACCUCCAAUGCACUGACGAAAAAGCUCUACAACUUCUGUAGAAUGCCGAGGGUCUUUCGCAAGCAACGCGACCAAUUCUUUGAGAACUUUAAUUUCGAUCGAUUUUCGGCGAAGGAACUAGUGCCGAAAUAUCUGGACAUAUUUCAAAGAAAUAUUGAAUCAAACGAUGUUUGUUAAAAUGUUCUCCAGAACUAGAACAUUCGAUUAUAAUAGAUUCCUUUUUUACUGAAUAUAUCACUCGUCUGCAAGCUACAAAGCCAAAGAACCAACUCAA